AUACCUAGGUAACUUGAGCAAUCUCCCCCCAAAGACUUUUGCUGUCCAGCCUCAAUGCCAGUCUUUUGGGUGGCUGUCUUUCUUGAACAUCCGGGCUUCCCUUUACCCAAACACACCUACCUUUCUCCACGUCCUGCAAAGUCCUGACGAAACCAAAUCUGGUCACCAUUCAGGAUGUCGUCCUCUUCUCACGGCAAAUCAGGGCCAAACAACCCACCUCACAACCCACAGAUCGAGUGGGCCCUCCUACCAUCCUCUCCAGAGCCGGAGUUUGAGCAGCCAUCAGACCUUGAGGAUACCUCUAACGACGAGUAUGAGCAUGUCUACGGCCCAGCGGUGAAAGCAACAGACAGAAACAAGCAGGGCCCAGCCCCGGCCCAGGUGGAGGAUCAGUACACCCACCCCACUGAGGAACCCGAGGAGGUUGGCAUGGAGAAUGUCAAGUCCCAAGGAAUUGCUGGUUUCAUGGUCAAGGUUAGGAACCGGCUGAGGACCAUCAAAGACCCCAAUGAGCGAGCACAAGCACGCCACGUCUUCCAUGGCCUGAUGGGACGGCUCAGGACUGACGACAAGGCCCAGUCCUUCAGCCAAGCAGUGGCGGAAAAGGUCCAGGAAUUCCUGAUCGACCGAGGACUAGGAGAGUCGCUCUUGGGCGACUUCCACCUGCUGCAGGAUAUCUCUGAUGAGCGGGCACGGAAGCACAGGGAGGAGAUGGAGCAGAGAAGGGAGGAGGCCAAGCGAGAGAAGAGAAAGAAGGAGGAGUGGAACUUGAUCCGCGAGGCCGAAGCCUACGAGGAUUGGGUACUGCUCUAA